AGUGAGUACUCACACUGCAAAGAACUAAGUUAGGAACUAUCUUUAGGAAGAAAUCCAUAAAUGGGUUCAGAAGCUAAUAAGAAUCUCCAUGUGCUUGUAUUGACAUACCCAACUCAAGGUCAUGUUAACCCAAUGCUCCAAUUUUGCAAGUCUUUAUCCUCCAAAGGAGUAGACACCACAGUCGCUGUAACCAAGUUCAUCUUCAACACAUUCAACCCUAAAUCCGAUGCCUCCAAUUUUAUUCAAUGGGACACCAUUUCCGAUGGCUUCGAUGAAGGUGGCUUCUCCGCAGCCACCAGCAUUGAAGACUACCUCGAGACAAUGAAGAAGGCAGGCUCCAAGACCUUGAUAGAGCUCAUUCAGCGCCACCAAGAUCGUGGCCACCCGAUCGAUGCUGUCGUGUAUGAUGCCCUUAUGCCUUGGGCUCUCGAUAUUGCGAAAAGCUUCAACCUUACAGCGGCUACAUUCUUUACCAUGCCUUGUUCUGUCAACCUCAUUUACUACUAUGUAGAUAGAGGUUUGGUUAGAUUGCCGGUCCCGGAGGAUUCGUAUCCCGUCUGCCUUCCGAGCCUCCCCCCGCUAAUGCCGCCGGAUAUGCCUUCGUUUAUAUAUGUCCCGGAUUCUUACCCUCAGUAUCUUUACUUGUUGUUGAAUCAGAUGCCAAAUAUUGAGGGAGCUGAUUAUAUUCUUGUCAACUCCAUCCAUGAGUUUGAACCUUUGGAAACAGAUGCAAUGUCUAAAAUUGGUCCAACAUUAUUGACAAUAGGACCAACCAUUCCAUCUUACUACAUAGACAAAUCCAACGAAAAUGACAAGAAAUACGAGCUGGAUCUAUUCAAAAUCGAGCCAAAGGAGGCAUCAUCAACAAGAGAAUGGCUCAAAACCAAACCAAAAGGUUCGGUCAUUUACGUGUCAUUUGGUAGCAUGGCCAAACUAAACACAACUCAAAUGGUUGAAUUAGCAGCUGGAUUAGUCGAAAGCAACUACUACUUCAUUUGGGUAGUUAGGGCUUCCGAGGAAGAGAAACUUCCAAAAGGGUUUGCACCUGAGAAAGGAUUAGUUUUGAGAUGGAGCUCCCAACUGGAAGUACUUUCAAACGAAGCGAUUGGAAGUUUCUUCACACAUAGUGGUUGGAACUCGACGUUAGAAUCAUUGUGUUUGGGCGUACCGAUGGUGGCAAUGCCACAGUGGACGGACCAACCAACAACCGGAAAGUACGUGGCAGAUGUGUGGAAGGUGGGAGUGAGAGUGAAGGUAGGUGAGGAUGGGAUCGUAGGGAAGGAUGAGAUCAAAGCUUGUGUAAAAGCAGUAAUGGAAGGAGACAGAGCAAUUGAGUUCAAACAAAAUGCUUUGAAAUGGAAACAACUUGGUUUAGGAGCACUUAGGGAAGGUGGAAGUUCAUCAAAGCAUAUUGAUGAAUUCAUUUCUGGGUUGAGGGACAAAAUUAUACCAAGUGUUUAAAAACCAUAAUUACCUUAAUUAUUAUAUGUUUGGGGAUUGCUACUUCUAGUUUCUUAUGCUUCGUUUUAAACUAAACUUUUUUAUGCAUAUUUGUCUAAUGUUUGUUUUGCUAGCUAGAAUCUUUGUUAUUUAAAUGAAUUUACUUAGGUGCUUCAACUUUAAAGCUGUUGUCUUAUAUUAAUAAAUAGCUUUAUAUUUUUUAAA